UACACAGUCACAACAGCAGGAGUGAUCUCACCUCCUCUCCACCCCUCUCCUGUCUAUCGCUGCUGCUGCCAGCCUCCAAAAAAUCCGAGCGCACACAUCCGCGUGCAGAGCUGGUAACCAUAUAGAGACGCUGAGCUUUUCCUAUACUGAGACUUCACGGUGGAUUUCCAGGACCAGGACCACUGCUGAGCGCCCAGAGCCCCGAGCCAUGGAAGAACUUACGGCAUUCGUGUCGAAAUCUUUCGAUCAGAAAACCAAGGAGAGCAGCAAAGACAGUAUUACGUACAGGGAAGUUUUGGAGAGCGGCUUGACGAGGGCGCGUGAGCUGGGCAGCCCCGAGACGAACCUGCAGGACAUAACGGAGGGCUGCCCGGUGCAUCUGUUCAAGGACCAUGUCGAUCUGGAAAAGGACAAACUGAAGGACUUUAAUGUUUCCAGAGGGUCAGAUGGGAUAUACGAGUGUAAGGAGAAGAAGGAGGACGUGAAGUCUGAGGACGAGGACGCGCAGGGCAAACUGAAGCAGCGGAGGAGUCGCACGAACUUCACGUUGGAGCAGCUGAACGAGCUGGAGCGGCUGUUCGAUGAGACGCACUAUCCGGACGCGUUCAUGAGGGAGGAGCUGAGCCAGCGGCUGGGACUGUCCGAGGCCAGGGUGCAGGUGUGGUUUCAGAACAGAAGAGCAAAAUGUCGAAAACAAGAAAACCAGAUGCACAAAGGUGUUAUUUUGGGCUCCGGCAGCCACCUUGACGCGUGCAGAGUAGCACCCUAUGUCAACAUGGGCGCCCUGCGGAUGCCCUUCCAACAGGUCCAAGCGCAGCUCCAGUUGGACGGCGUCGCCCACUCCCACCCCCACCUGCACCCUCACCUGGCCACUCACGCUCCCUACCUGAUGUUCCCGCCCCCUCCUUUUGGACUACCAAUCGCCUCGCUCGCCGACUCGGCCUCUGCGGCAGCGGCAGUGGCGGCGGCUGCCAAAAGCAACAGCAAGAACUCGAGCAUCGCCGACCUGCGACUCAAGGCAGGACUUCUGCGGGGCCAGUGGCUCAGUCCACUCCAGGCACAGAUCACAUCCCAAGGACCGUACAAACACAUGUGGAUGUCUGUCUGAGGGCCGGGGGUCCAGGGCCCCCUGACAGAGCAGAGGACGUUAGAACAAAGCAAACUGGCAGCAACAGCAGCAGCAGCAGCAGCAGCAGGGCCAAAAAAGCAGAGCCUCCCUCGCUGACGCUGACACUUGUGUGGACACAGCAGAGGGGGUUGAGCAUUUUGUGGACUCAAACAACAACAACUCACGGAGGUGUAGGAACUGCUCUCACCUUUACACCCCGCUUACCCUUCUCUCUGCCUCCCCAACACCCCCACCUCCCCACCACCAUCACUCUAAAAACAAAGAAACAUUAAAAAAGCCGCCAUAUUUGUCUCCAACCACUGUGUUCCCUGCUGCUGCAGAGUGCAUGAGCUCUAAAGGAGGACCACACCUGACAUAAAUGCUCUACAGCUGUUUUUAACACUGCCGUUCUCCAUGCCCGCAACAACCCCCUCCCCCCCUCCUCCUGCAAAGUGAAAGCUCUCCAUUAUGGUUCGAUACCUUUCUUCUACUGGACUUGUGCUCAGACUAAAAGCAACAACUUUAUUGCUUCUUUGCUGCAGAACGGAAAGAUGUUAUCCCCCUCUCUUAUUCUCCCUCUCUGUCUUUAUUUCUUUCUCGUUCUUGUGUUGUAUCCCGGGUAAAGAAGUGAAGAUAGCCUUUGCACUUCAGGGUCUUGUAUGUGGGUGUUUACAAAUGGCACUACAAGCAGAUACUACUUUACUAAUUAAAAAAACAGGGGAAAAGGGGGCGGGGUUUGAUAUUGUCAUGUGAUCUGCGAAAAGGACAUUAUCUUGGAUAAAGGGUAUAAAAAGCAUCUUUUGGUUUUUCCUCUCUUUUCUUUUUUUGUAAUUCUGAAAAUAUGAAGAAAGCAUCAGUCAAACUGAAAUGCAAUGGUGUGCAGUUUAAGUGCAAUACUGUAAAUAGCGAAAAAAAAGUACAAAAAAAAAACAGCUAGCAGUUAACCCUCAACGAUAAAGAGCCCGAUGAUUUUUCAUUUGUUGUUUUUUUCAUGCACUGUUGAGAGUGUUGAAUUUCUUUGCCAAACACACCAGUUUUUCUACAGCAGUGUGUGUUUUAUUGAGUUGGAGAAAAGUCACUCAUCAUGACAAGGUGCCAUAUUCCAAAUACCCUCGUGUGUGCGUGUGUGCGUGUGUGUGUGUGUGCGUGUGUGUGUGUGUGCGUGUGCGUGUGAGCAGUUUUGUACACAUCAGAUUCAGAUGUUGAGGAAAACUUGAGCACAGAUUUGGAUGCUGCAGAUUAAUUACAGCUGAGUUUAUGAAUACUUUUAAAAUCUCUAUUGGCUCCUCUGCAAACGUCAGAAACACCUGCAGGUACUGGAAGAACUUCAAGUCAGAUCAGCAAAUAUCAGCAUCCUAAACCAAAACCAAGCAGUCGUUUACAAAACGAUUAGCUUAAUUCUGCAUGCUAGAUGUGACAUUUUAAUUCUGUGCUUUGCAAUCUCAUCCAGACAGAAACAAACAUUUGAAUUGAUUUGGAGUUGAAGGAUUUUUUAAAAAAAGCCUCUCCACACUGCUGUCAGAGCUGCGCCACACAUGUUGAUCUGUUUCAGAUCACUGUACCUCCAAGAGUCUGCAAACCCACAUUUCCUCUGCUAACAGACCUCCAUUUAGAAUCGUUUAUCUGUGUCUCCAUUUAAAUUAAACAUAUUGGUGUUUUAUUUAUUAUUUUGUCUGAAAGUCUAUGAAAGAUGAAAUAGUUGAGCUACAAGUGUACAUUUUUACAUGGCUUUGCAUUUAUUUUUGUAUGUUUUUUUAAGUGUUAAAUUUGAAUUAGGAGGUGUGGCUGUAGUGCAUCGUUCGCCUAAAGGAAAAAUAAUGUAGCGUGUCCGAGUUUACAAACAUUUCAGGGAUGGUUGAAUUGAACAAUACUCCAUGGAAUUUGUUGUACCCAUUAAAAUGAUUCUCAUUUCAUAUGCAAGCAUGCCUAAACAUGAAUCAUUGUACGGUUUGUUUUUCCCCCCCUUUUGAUUCACAAAAUAUGAAUGUACAUCUUGUACAAGUAAACUAUCAAUAAAGUUAUAAAUAUUUGUACUUGA